AAACGGUUGUUAGGAAGCAAAUCAAAGCGAACUUUUAUAAAGCCAGGCCACCUCGUGGCAUCCGUUCGACGCAACCGAACUCCACGGAUCUCACGCAAAAAUCACACGGCGGAAGCCAUGCCGCCGCCCUGCAGCGGGAGGGACUCCAAGGCGGCGGUGAAGCCCCUGAUGGUGACGAUCAAGGUGGUCAGCCAGGAGAAGGUGCUCCGCCACACCAUGAGCAGGGCGGACAAGCUCCAGGUCCUCCUGGACGCGUGGUACCGCAAGGUGCCCGACGUGACCUACGGCACCGGCGUCUUCCUCUUCGAGGGCGUGCGGUUGCGCGGCGACAAGACCCCGGCGGACCUCGAGAUGGAGGACGGGGACAUGAUCGACUUCUUCGAGCACAUGGACGGCGGCGGGCCGUUCGUCGCUGGAUCGAUGUCCGCGCACUAGGCAGGAUUGAUGAGAGGGAAAUUUUCUAGGUCUUCUUAGGAGGAAAAUUUCUGGUUUGUUGAGCGGCUUGCGUGAUGUACUUCAAACUAUAUUCGCUCGGUUAUUAUUAUGGUUUAUGUCUUGAUUUUACGCUAAGAUUCGUGUAAGCAUUUCUUUUGUUUUUUUUUUCUACUUCGAUUGAGUCAGAUGUGCCUAGA